AUGCAUCUGUAUGCUUUGUUCGUUCUUCAUAAGGAUCCUACCUCAGGAAAAGCAACGAUUCUUAAGAGCGCAUCAGAUGUCAGCAGUUUUGCAUUCUUCUAUCGAAAGAAUGUUGGGGUAAGAGGAUAUUAUUUUUUUGACUUUUUUUUGUCUUCUCGUUUCGCAUGCUCUUUCGAAAAUGGUGGUUUAAUAUUUCGGCUGGUACUGGGAAGCGUGAGAUAAAACUUUGAGGGAUUGAAACAUGCCCCCGCCCUCGGAAAAAACUUCCCUUGUUAAAUGAGUUUUUUUAGGAGUUCAUGUCAUUUACAAGCCGUCUAUUGGCGGAGAGAUCUGAAACUCCAAGCAGAAACUGUAUUACCGAAAAGGAAUACCGACUACGGUGUUUUGUUCGACCUGAUAACUUGUGCGGAGUUUGUGUAACCGACCAAGAGUAUGAGGACCGAGUUGGAUUCGUUUGCUUGAGUAAGGUCCUGGACGAAUUCGCACAAGCCGUGCCAUCCUCGAAGUGGCCUCAGAUACAUAAAGAAGAGGAGUGCGACUUCAGUAAACUAAAUGAACUGCUUGUCAAAUGGCAAAAUCCGAGAGAAGCUGAUGCCCUGACGCGUGUUCAGGUAUGUAAUUCCUACUUAUCUUCACGUUUCAUUUUAGGAUGAGGUUGAAGAGACUAAAGUAGUUCUCCAUAAUACAAUGCAAUCUGUUCUGGAGCGAGGAGAAAAGUUGGACGACCUUAUACAAGCUUCAGAAAGCCUUUCCAAUCAAAGCAAACAAUUCUACACCCAAGCGAGGAAAAUGAACAAAUGCUGUAACUAUGUCUGA